AUGAUGGGCUGCUCUCAGAAUCAAAUAGAAAAAGUGCAAGAGCUUUUGAAAUUUUCCGAGAAGGGAAUAAAACAUUCUUUGUUGAUGAUUGGCAUUUGCGCCGAGCUUCAUCUAGACCGCCUCACAACCCUGGUUGGCAAGUACAAGGCGAAAUGCAAGGAAGCAAUUGAACUCAUCAAUCCUAGCAAUACAGAGACGAUAUUGGAAGAGCACAGCAAUACAGAGAAAGAAGAAACUCAUCUAGAUGGCCCAAGAAGAGAGAUUACGUGGGAUUUUAUUGAGAAAGUUCGUUUCAAUCGAGACCAAAGCAAAAGAGCAGAGGAGGAAGUCAGAGCAACCCAACGACAAUUAGAAAAGGCACUCCCCAAGGGAUUUCUCCAACAGACUUACCAGUUUUCGGACCGAGACUCAGACGAUGUAGUGACGCAGGCGUUCGCAGAUCGCUUCGCUGACAUAUUUGUCGAAUUUGAAGGAUUGAUUGCAGACUGUCGUAUUGCGGUAGAUGGUAUGGAAUUUACCGCAGACAUGAUUCGGAAUGAAUUAGCAAGACAAGAAACAAAGAGCAGUGGCCACGAAACCAAAAUUAGCGCCUUCAUUGCGUUUAUAGCGAUGCUCUACCUGCCGAUGACAACCAUGGCUACUAUCUUCGCGAUGCCGGUUUUCCAAUUUCCUCAUAGAUGGCGAGACUGGCAGUACAACCUGGUGGAAAUCCACGAUGCAUCCAGCGGAAGUAAUAAGUCUGAUCUUCCCGUAUUUUCUGGGUAUUUUUGGUGGUAUCUUGGAACUUCGAGUGCCUUUACCCUACUUACCGUCGAGGGAUGGUGGCGGUUUACCAGCAGAGAGGUUGAAAAGCGUCAAGGCAAGCAUUGGACUUUGUACCUACUCGCCAAAUUCUGGCAGAGGCUUGUGCAGAGUUGGAGAAAAUUCAAUGCCGCAAAAGCGAAGACUACAGACGAUUCUGACGACUCGAAUUCAUCUAAUGAACAUAGUGUGGACUUGAGGAUCCCCACUACUGUCACCUCAAAUGAAGCUUCUGGUAGUCAGGCUGCUAUCCCUUUUACGAAUAUUAUGAGGAAUAGAUCAGCAACAUCAACCCUUUUGCAGGUCAACAGCAGUCAGCCUUCUCAAGAACCACAAACGCUGUCAAUUACCAGUCACUCGUCAGAGACUUCCCAGCGCAUCCCCACGCCAACUGUUCCCGAACAGGUAACAGGUGCUACAGAGCUACAUGAUAUGGGCGAUACAACUGCAUUGCGUGGUGGUGAAGGGCCACGGUUUCGGUCUAUCUAUGACAUGGUCUGA